ACCCAAGCAAGGACAUCCCAUGAGCAUUAUGAGGACUUCUGCAGCCAGCUUUGCCAUUCAGUCUUCAAUGGCGAGAAUCCCAGCUCCCACCACCCUAGCCAUUUUCCUGACUUGCCUCUUCUCCGUGGCACACAGCCAGACCCCAAGGGCUUUCCAGGAGAGCACCGUCCCCUUGGAAGUGCUUAGCCAGGAGCAGGUUUACGGUCUGGACCAGCCAAGCCUGUUCCAGGAUGCCAAGCUGUCAAACCACUCGGAGAGCCUCCCCAGGAGCACCAGCUCUGAGCCACCCUUGCUGCCCGUGUGCGUGAAGCCUGCAGAUAUCAGACACAUCUUCAAGUACAUUAACACCAUCGUGUCCUGCACCAUCUUCAUAGUAGGGAUCAUCGGGAACUCCACGCUCCUGAGGAUCAUUUACAAGAACAAGUGCAUGCGGAAUGGGCCAAAUGUCCUCAUUGCUAGCUUGGCGCUCGGAGACCUUCUCUACAUCCUCAUUGCUCUGCCCAUCAACGUAUAUAAGCUCUUGGCAAAGGACUGGCCCUUUGGUGUGCAGGUGUGCAAGCUGGUCCCCUUCAUCCAGAAGGCCUCAGUGGGCAUCACGGUCCUCAGCCUUUGUGCUCUCAGCAUCGACAGGUACCGAGCAGUGGCAUCCUGGAGUCGGAUCCAAGGGAUAGGAAUCCCCAUGUGGAAGGCAGUGGAGGUGAUGCUGAUCUGGGCAGUGGCCAUUGUGCUUGCAGUCCCUGAAGCUAUAGCCUUUGACAUGGUGGAGCUCAGCUACUGGGAACAACACCUGUGGGUGUGCAUGCUCGCCUCCGAACAGAAAUCCAGCUUCAUGAUGUUCUAUCGCGAUGUGAAGGACUGGUGGCUUUUUGGCUUCUAUUUCUGCCUCCCCUUGGUAUGCACUGGCAUCUUCUACACCCUCAUGUCAUGCGAGAUGUUGAGCAAGAGAAAUGGCAUGAGAAUUGCUCUGAAUGGCCACAUGAAACAGCGCCGGGAGGUGGCCAAGACUGUGUUCUGCCUCGUGGUGAUUUUUGCACUCUGCUGGCUGCCGCUCCACCUCAGCCGCAUCCUCAAAAAGACCAUCUACGACCAGAUGGACCCCAACAGAUGCGAACUGCUCAGUUUCCUCCUAGUGAUGGAUUACUUCGGGAUCAACAUGGCCUCCCUCAACUCCUGUAUCAACCCUGUGGCUCUCUACUUCGUCAGCAGGAAAUUCAAGAACUGCUUCCAGUCCUGCCUGUGCUGCUGGUGCCAGAGACCAGCUCUGAGCAUCACGCCGACAGACGAGAAGGGCUCUGUUGGGAAGUGGAAAGCCAACGGGCAGGAGCUCAGGCUAGACCGGAGCAGCUCCCGCUUGAGUAACAAGUACAGCUCUUCCUAA